CUGCUAGGCUUCCAACAGGAACAUUUUCUUGACAUUGUGUCUGGGUGACUCUUGAGGAUGGCAAGCAAAGGACCCACAACUUCUACAUCAACAAAAAACUCCAGUACUGGAGGGACCAGUGGCAGCAGUAGCAGUAAUGGUGCUGGGGACAAUACUAAUCAGGACAACACUUUUGAAUGUAACAUCUGUUUAGACACUGCCAAGGAUGCAGUUAUCAGCUUGUGUGGACAUCUCUUCUGUUGGCCUUGUUUACAUCAGUGGCUAGAGACCAGACCAAACAGGCAAGUGUGUCCUGUAUGCAAAGCAGGAAUCAGUCGAGAUAAAGUUAUUCCUCUGUAUGGAAGAGGUAGUACUGGGCAACAGGACCCCAGAGAGAAAACUCCACCACGACCCCAAGGACAGAGACCUGAGCCAGAGAACAGAGGGGGAUUCCAAGGCUUUGGGUUUGGCGAUGGUGGAUUCCAAAUGUCCUUUGGAAUUGGGGCAUUUCCCUUUGGUAUAUUUGCAACAGCAUUCAACAUAAAUGAUGGGCGACCUCCUCCAGCUGUUCCAGGGACUCCUCAAUAUGUGGAUGAGCAGUUCCUAUCCCGUCUCUUCCUGUUUGUGGCUCUGGUGAUAAUGUUCUGGCUGUUGAUUGCAUAAACCUUUUCCAUUAUUCUGUAUAUUCAUGGCCAACAGGGCCACUGAAACAGUUACAAACUGCACCCCAUCCCAUUUUAAACCUCUUGGUGUCUGGUUCCAUAGCUAACUGUGGGCUUCAGGAAUUGCUGGUGCCACCACACAACGACGAGUCUCACAUUUUGCACCAGAGUUGGAAAUUAAACAUUGGUUAAAAA